GCAAAAUGUCUUCUCGAAGAACGAACACAGGAGAAAUUCAAAAGAAAUCUACUGAGCCUUCCUAUGCCCUGAACCAUGAUGGAGAGAGCGACUACUCAGAGCAAGGUCUCUCUAGACAGGAUAAUCGCUACUCUUUUAACACUGAUUCUGACUCAACUAACUUUAGAAAGAAUAAGCAAUCUAAUGAGAUGAACCUAUCCGAUGAUGAGCUGAUGUUUGACAAGGAAGCUUUAGCCAAAAAUCAGAAUCGGGACUCCUUUAACUAUAUUAAUCAUAAGAUCAGAGCUGCUUAUGAAGGACCAAGUGCUAGUGAGACAGUUUUCCAACUCUUGGAGGAUGAGGAUGAACUUGCAAUUUACGACUUUUUCAAGAAUAGUUCAGUCGAUAUCACCACACUAUUGGAUUCAAGAGGAUACACUGUUCUUCAUAUUUCUGCCUACAAAGGCUUGGAAGCUAUUUGUGCAAGACUAAUUCAAAUAGCACAGGAAAAAUCAUGUUCCGGCCUAGCUGAAAAAGACAAGACAAAAUAAGUUAAAAAAUUGGGCAAAUGUUAAAACGAUUGAGGAUGAAUUCAGUGCUCUCCAUAUGGCUUCCUUUAGUGGCAAAUUCUCUAUUGUCAAAAUGCUGAUUGAUAUCAAAGCUAAUAUUUAUGCAGCCAACAAGGAUGGAUUAAACAUGCUUCAUACAGCAGCCCAAGGAGACCAAGCUUUCAUGUUAUAUUAUUUUAAAAGUCUUGGUUUAAAUAUCAACAGUAAGGAUAAUAGAGGAUCAACUCCUCUACAUUGGGCUUGCUUCUCGAAAUCAGAGAUCGCUAUUAGUUAUCUCCUUGCUUGGGAAGUGAAUAUUAAUGAGCCAGAUCAAAGAGGAUUAACGCCUCUUCACCUUGCUGUUAAGGCAGUUAACGAUCUUAAUACUACAAGGCCAGUUAGGGCCCUUCUGAUCAGUGGAGCUUCCAGAAAAGUUGAAGACAAAAUUAAAAGAAAGCCCAUUGAUCUAAUUGACGAAGUUGACGACCCAAAACUUCGGGCUGAACUCAAGGAGAUCUUGAAGACUCCUUCUUCAUUUGACUGAUUGAUGCUGAAGACACCAUUGAAGAAGGUGAGGAAGAACCCUAUGCAGAUUAUUUUCUACAUGUUCUUCUUCUUAGUUCUUAAUUCUGUUCUUUUCUUGUAUAUUUUUCCAGCAACACUUGAUUAUAGUAGGCACCAUUUCAUGAUGUACGGACUCGGAUCUAUCGGAAUAAUUGCUCUUUUGUUUUUAAUAUGGUGUUCAUGUAUAAAUCCAGGAUUUCUAGAAAAGCCAAAAAUUGAUUUUGCGACUUUGCUUGAUAAGCUUGAUCCGACUAUGCUUUGUCCCGAAUGUGAAGUCAUUCGUACCCCAAGAUCUCGCCACUGUAGUAUAUGCAACCGUUGUGUUGAGAGAUUUGAUCAUCAUUGUCCUUGGAUAAACAACUGAGUUGGAGUCAAAAAUCACAGAUCGUUUAUGGCAUUCCUGUUCUUUACCGAACUCUCUCUAAUUUUGGUGAUAGUUUACACUGCUCUGCAUUUUAACGAUUACAAUCUUGAUAUGCAGGCUAAUUAUGAGCAAAGUGGAGGACUUUGGUUGUACUUCAUUCCAAAACAUUUUCCAGAGUCAAUGUUCACUAGAACUGCUGUCUUCUGGGUCAAGAUAGGCAUCUUUAUCUUUUGAGGAGUGUUCAUCUUACCGUUAUUUUUGUUGCUUUUUGUCCAAGUCAGAAAUUUCUGUGCAGCCAAGACAACAAACGAGAGAUUUUCUAGACGGAAGCCUGCAAAAGAGAACUCAAAUACCAUAAUAGAGAGCACCUCUAGCGACUCUAUAAAUGGAAAUCUUUUACAUGUUGACGACACAGAGGCUCACAAACCCACCAAACAAUACCAUCCCGAAUCCAAUGGCAACUGCAUCUCCAACUGCUGGGAGAUGUGAUGCAGGAGCAAGAUGGAUAACCAGGAUGACAUCUACCUAGAACACGUCAACAAAAACUAA